GGACCUCUAAUAAUUGUUAACAUCUGGAAACCCUGGGGCCCUGCAGCCUCAGCCUGAUGAAGCCGGUACCCGACUCUACCACUAGAUGGAAGCAAAUGAGACCACAGAGAGUCCUCAGACCACCGCAGACGCAAAGGAACAGCCCUACUUAGAGAGCCCCUCCGCUGGAGAUGAGCAGGAGCCCGAAACUCCCAGCUUGCAGACGUCUUUACAGCCUCCUGCCUCUGAAGCCUUUUUUGAAACAUCUGCUUCCCCGAAUCGUGAGGUGGAGAGCUCUGAGGACCUCGAGGAGCCUUCUGUUUCUGAAACUCCUUUAGAGUCCCAUGGCGAUAAGCUUCCUUCCUCGCAAUCCCCAGUUUCCUUAUCGGCCCAAGGCUAUGAAAACCUUUCAAAGUCUCCCCAGUCUGUGCUCUCUCUAGAAAACACCAUCACCGAGAUCUCUUUGGAAGAGCCUGCAUAUGAGACUCCUGUCUCUAAAGUUCCUGAAAACUCUCUUCAGCUCUCGCCAACAACCAACAGCCUGGAAUCGCCCCAAAAGCUUUCUUCUGAGCAAGUCCCACAGACCCAGGUCGAGUCUGAGCACUUUCCAAAGCACUCCCUUUCAGGACCUUCAACCCAGACCAAGGAGGACACAUCUGCCAACCAAGAGGAAGCAGGAAAAGAUGAGCCGGUGGUGGAUACCAGUCAUGUCACUGCCCACGCAGCCACGCCUGAGCCUAGUGUGGCCAAGAAGAAGGAGAAGAAAGUUCAUGGUAAUUGUCCCUGCCUUUCCCCCUAUUCUUGUAACUUUGGCACUGUCCUGGACUUAGCCAGAAGUAGAGGACUGGCCUACUCUUACACAUGGCUCCUCUCAGUUAACUCAGCCCCUCCCUUCCCAGGUUAUACAAACUGCCCAGUGGCCUUAAAGGCCCAAGACUCUGAAAGUCUUUCAAAGUCUUUCCAGUCUGUGGCCUCUCUAGAAAAAGCCAUCACGGAGAUCCCUUUGCAGCAGCCUACAAUUGAGACUCUUAUCUCUACAGCUCCCAAAAACUCUCUUCAGCUCUCGCCAACAACUAACAGCUUGGAAUCUCCCCAUAAGCUUUCUUCUGAGCAAGUCCCACAGACCCAGGUCCCCGAAUCUGAGCACUUUCCAAAGCACCCUCUUUCAGGACCUUCAACCCAGACCAAGGAGGACACAUCUGCCAACCAAGAGGAAGCAGGGAAAAAUGAGCCGGUGGUGGAUACCAGUCAUGUCACUGCCCACGCAGCCACGCCUGAGCCUUGUGUGGCCAAGAAGAAGGAGAAGAGAGUUAAUGGUUAUAGAAGCCGCCCAGUGGUCCCUGCUAAGCGGGAGGAGCUGGUGGAGGUGGCUAAGACAAUGCACAGAGAGCAAUUUGGUGCUCAGGUGAACAAUCUUUUCCAGUGGGAGAAGGACUCAGCCCUGCAGGUCAUCCAGACAGGCCUCUACAUUGGCUGGCGCUGCCCCCACUACUUAUGGGACUGUUUCCGUAUUGGAGAUGAGUCCAAGUGCUUUUGUGGACAUUUGCUGAAAGAACACCAGAUCAUCUCAGAUUUGUCAGUGCCCUGCAGUGUGAGCCAGUGCAGGUGCCUCAUGUUCUGUUUCAUCCCAUCACGCCCGGAGGAGGUGGGUGAGUUCUGGCUUAAAAGACGGGCCACCUUUGACCCCAAGGCCUGGAGAGCCCAGUGUCGCUGCAAACAUACUCAUGAAGAACAUGCAGCCACCGGAGCGCAUCCCUGCAGGCACCGAGGCUGUGCUUGCAACUGUUUCGAGUCUAAUUUCCUCUGCUCUGCCUGUGACCGGCGCUGGGAGGAGCACGAGACUUUCUUUGAGACCAAAGAGACCAGGCGAAGAGGAGGGAGACCUUAUGGGACAGACACUGCCAACAACUGA